AUGUGCGCCAUCAUCAUGGAUAAUCAUGAGGCUGUUGAUGCUAUAAACAAGAUUGUCAAACACAAACUUCAUUUAAAUUUCGGAUUUUUGAUGAAGCUAAUCUUUAUUUGUUUCCUUCUCGUCGUGGGUCUACUUGACCUCAUUUGGGGUCAGGUAUGUAAAGAAGGUUAUGUUAUAAAUCCGAGAAGACGAAAAUGCGUACCAGCACCGACCAAGCCUCCACUAAUCAUAUGUCCAAGGGGUCAGUACUACAUUCCAACGAAGAAAGAAUGCUUCAGGAUAGAUAAAGUUAUAACUGGUUAUUAUCCCCAAAAACCUGAAAAAACGACUAAAAACGAAACAAUCAUAAUUUGUCCCAGAAAUUUUGAAAUGCUGGACAAAUCUUGUGUCAAGAUAGUCCCAAAGGAUAAAAAUAGUCUGGAUUCACUUGGUGAAAUUUAUAUUAAACCUGCUUAAAAUAUAUAAAACAAACUGAAAAAAUAAAGAA